CGCCACAGGAGCACACGCUCCUGUAACGGUCACCUCGCGCUUCCUCCUCCCCCCUUCCCCGCCGCAUUAAACACCGUGUACACACUCUCUUGCCCUCUCCUGCUCGCUGAUCUCUCUCCCUCCUUUUGUCCCUCUUUGCUUGAUUCGCGAAACCUGAAAGAGAAAUCAGAGAUGGAAGCGGCGAAGGUGCAGCACGUGAGCAAGGCGUCGUCCGACGAGCUCCUCCGCAAGUUCGCCGAGAUCGACGCCGAUCCCCCGGCGCGCGCCCCCGCCCACCUCCUCCGCGGGCCGAUCGUCGUCCGGAAGAAGUCCCGGCGCGCCGUCUCGGCCCUCUCCGCUCGGGAACUCUCCUCCCCCAGCGACGAGGCGAUCAGGGCGACGAGGAGGAGGAGGAGGAGGAGCAGCGGCGGGUUGGGGGAGUGGAAGUCCCUCCUUCCCAUCUCCAACCGCAGGCCCGCGUCCCUGCUCCGUAGGAUGGGGAUCCGACGGUCGGAGGAUGGCGGCGCCUCCGGUAUCGCGCUCUUUCUCGCCGCCGCCCUCGAAAAGACAUGGCGAAAGACUGUGGAAGGUGCAUCGAAGAUGUUCGUAGAAAGGCAGCGCCAGAAUCACGUUCGUCUUAUCAGCGACAUGGUCUAGAUCGGAUCACAAGUUGGUGUAAACCAAGCCGGUCCCAACGCGUCCGUCGUCGUCACCCAGUGGCAAGGCAACAACCUGCAUCUCCCUUCCUCCAUCUGCACCACCUCCGUCCUGUGAUGCAGCUCGUCCACCUCGCCGCGAACUGCACGAAAGCAAGCGUACCUUCCCUCGCACUCGAUCGCGGCCGACGCAACCUGGUUUUCCGUCAGCAACAGCGGGCACUCGCUGUCGUCCUCCAGCUUCGCCCACCUCAUCCUCCGCCCAUCCAAGUCCAGCUUGAAGAAAUCCAUGCUCGCCUUCUCCCCAAUCCCACCGCCCUCCUCCACCCGCCGCAUGUAGUUCGUCGCCAGCAGCAGCUCCCCUCCCACCACUCCGAAGGAGCAGUAAUGGAAGUCCCCGGGCACCCGCAGCGAGGGGACGAGCUCAGCCCGCAGACGAGGGUCCAUGGCGCAGACCACCACGCUCCCAUCGAUCCCGACGAGGUACAGCUUGUCACGGUACAUGGUGAGGGAGUCGAUGCCGCAGGUCAACGUGGAGUCGACCAACGUCCACGCCUCGUCCGCCCACCGGCAGCACAGGAACCGCGGCGACAAGUAGCUGGUGACGGUCACGAUGCAGUCGCCGGCGCCUUCGCCCGGCGCAGCGAAGGCGGAGCAGAGCAGUAUAUGCUGUAUCAUGUCGUAGUUGACCUUCCCGCUGACGCCGACGUGCCUGCGGUAGAUGUACUCGCCGUCCUCGUGGCGUUCGAAGUGGAAGGUGGUGAAGUCGGGGAGGCGAGUUAUGGCGGGGAGGCGGACGAAGGCGUUGGUGAUCGGGUUGAGGAGGGAGACGGAGAAGGAUCGGUCCAUCGUGAGGAGCCAACCAUGGGAAGACCCGUAGGUGACUCGUCCUCGGAGUUGCGGCGAGCUGAGGCUGUAGAUUUGGUGGGUGGAGAGGCUGAAGAACGAGCGAGAGCCACUGUCGGGGUCGUAAGGAAGCAGCAGCCACGGUAUGCGUUGAGCGAAGCUCGAUGGCGGCGCCGCAGACCGCCACGACUUGCAGACGGCACGAAGGCGGACGUAAUCGGAGAUGUCGAUCAUCUUGUCGGAGACCAUCUUGAUGAGCUCCGGUGGCAGCUCGGUCCAGGCCGGCCUCGUUGCUUGGGAAGAAGCCAUUCCCGAAGUCGUUCCGUUCCAAAUGUUGGUAGUGAUGGUUCAGUUUUAAUAAUGUAUGCUCUCUCUCUCUCUC